UGGGUAAAGGGAAAUUUCAUCUCUUCUUCGUCAAUCGCCAUUUCUAUUGUGUAAUUUUUCUUGUUGGAGUCGAUUUUUCUUCCAAAACGUGGUUAAUUUUUGUUUCCGCUUGAGAAUCAGCUAGAGUGCAAUGGCACAGAGUAAAUUGAACGAGUUUGCCGGCAAGUUCGGAAAAGGUGGACCACCGGGAGUUUCGACUGCUAUCAAAGUUGUGGCUACACUGGGAGCUGCAGCAUAUGGAGUGGCUCAGUCAAUGUACACGGUCGAAGGUGGUCACAGAGCAAUUAUUUUCAGUCGAUUGGGUGGGAUACAGAAGGAAAUCUACGCUGAAGGCUUGCACUUCCGAAUUCCCUGGCUACAGUACCCAAUUAUCUAUGACAUUCGUUCCCGGCCAAGAAAGAUUUCCUCACCAACUGGUUCCAAGGAUCUGCAAAUGGUCAAUAUUUCACUGAGAGUGCUGUCUAGGCCUGAUGCUCUCAAUCUGCCUGUAAUGUAUCGACAACUUGGUCUGGAUUACGAUGAGAAAGUUCUACCUUCGAUCUGCAAUGAAGUUCUGAAGAGUGUUGUGGCCAAGUUCAAUGCUUCCCAGUUGAUUACACAGCGUCAGCAGGUGUCUCUUCUGAUUCGCCGGGAAUUGGUUGAACGUGCUCGGGAUUUUAACAUUAUUCUGGAUGAUGUGUCCCUGACUGAAUUGAGUUUCGGCAGGGAGUACACGGCUGCUGUAGAGGCCAAGCAGGUUGCCCAGCAAGAAGCUCAGAGAGCUGCCUUCUUUGUGGAGCGCGCCAAGAUGGAGAAACAGCAAAAGAUUGUUCAGGCCGAGGGAGAAGCUGAAGCUGCAAAAAUGUUAGGUCUUGCUGUUAGUCAAAAUCCAGGAUACCUCAAAUUGCGCAAAAUCCGUGCUGCUCAGAGCAUUGCCAGGACCAUUGCCAAUGCCCAGAAUAAGGUUUACCUCAGCGGCAACAGCUUGAUGCUCAACAUUCAGGAUAAUGCUUUCGAUGCUAUGGUCGAUCGGGUGAAGGCGAAGAAAUAGCCCAUUCCUGAGGGCCCCAGUGCAUUUAAACAUGAAGAUUCGUUGGUAGAUUCGCUUUAGUCAUGCUAAAUGAAUGAGAAUAUACAGUUUUUGAGGGAA